CGCAACCUUAAACGGUAGUGUGCUUUCUUUUUGCAAUUACUCCCUCCACUGAUGAAAUCCGAUGAUUCAUACUGAUAAAACUUGGGGCAAAAGUAUUGGCUGGGAUAGCACAUGAUUGUUUGUGACCCGCGAGGCGUUUCUCAUGACUCCGGAGCAGGCUUGAUACUUCCUGGUAUAAAUAGUCCAUUAUGGAAUGUAAAUUGUAGAUUAUAUCAUUACCCCAUAGAAUAAUUUACAAUGGUCUUGCCACACGAACCCGAAUUCCAACAAGCUUACGACGAAUUAGUGUCUGCGUUAGAAGACUCCACCUUGUUCUCCGAACACCCAGAAUAUAAGAAGGUCAUUCCCGUUGUCUCUGUACCAGAAAGAAUAAUCCAAUUCAGAGUUUCCUGGGAAAAUGACAAGGGAGAAAUCGAAGUGAACAACGGUUUCAGAGUCCAAUUCAACUCGGCUUUGGGCCCAUACAAGGGAGGUUUAAGAUUCCACCCAUCCGUCAACUUAUCCAUCUUGAAGUUCUUGGGUUUCGAACAGAUCUUCAAGAACGCUUUGACUGGCUUAUCCAUGGGUGGUGGUAAGGGUGGUUGCGACUUCAACCCUAAGGGUCGUUCUGAUGCUGAAAUCAGAAGAUUCUGUGUCGCUUUCAUGAGACAAUUGGCUAGAUACAUUGGUCAGGAUACCGAUGUGCCUGCAGGUGAUAUUGGUGUGGGUGGUAGAGAAAUCGGUUUCUUAUUUGGUGCCUACAAGCAGAUGCAAAACAACUGGUCCGGUAUCUUGACUGGUAAAGGCUUAAACUGGGGUGGAUCUUUGAUCCGUCCUGAGGCUACUGGUUAUGGUGUGGUUUACUACGUCGAAAAGAUGAUCGAAAAGGCCACCAAGGGCAAGGAAUCCUUCAAGGGCAAGAGAGUUGCCAUUUCUGGUUCUGGUAAUGUUGCCCAAUACGCUGCCUUGAAGGUGAUAGAAUUGGGAGGUACUGUGGUCUCGUUAUCUGAUUCUAAGGGCUCUAUCAUUUCCCAAAACGGUAUCACCGCGGAACAAGUGGCUGAAAUCGCUGAUGCCAAGAUCAAAUUCAAGUCAUUGGAGGAAAUCGUUGGUGGAUCCACCAAGGCUUUCUCCGGAAGCAACUCGGUUGAAUACUUGGCUGGUGUUCGCCCUUGGACCAAGGUUGGCCAAGUUGAUGUUGCUUUGCCUUCUGCCACUCAAAACGAAGUUUCUGGCGAAGAAGCCAAGGUUUUGGUUGACGCUGGAUGCAAAUACAUUGCUGAAGGUUCCAAUAUGGGAUCCACCAAGGAGGCCAUCGAUGUCUUCGAAGCCAACAGAAAUAACGACGUCUGGUACGCUCCAGGUAAGGCUGCCAACUGUGGUGGUGUCGCUGUGUCUGGUUUGGAAAUGGCCCAAAACUCGCAAAGAGUCACUUGGAGCCGUGAAGAGGUGGAUGAAAAAUUGAAGGACAUCAUGUACACUUGUUUCGACAACUGCUACGAAACCGCAGUCAAGUACGCUGCCGAGAAGAAUGCUGGAGGUUUGCCAUCCUUAUUGAAGGGAGCCAACAUUGCAGGUUUUAUCAAGGUAGCCGACUCCAUGUUCGACCACGGUGAUGUCUUUUAAUUCUCAGUAAAUAUUGCAUAUUUAUACGUUUAACGAAAUUUUUUAACCACGGAUUACUGAAUGUAGAGACGAAGAUGGUCUUGAAGGAUCAGGCACAUGAGCGAAGACUUUCAAUCUCUGGAUGAGGGAGUUCAGAAAUUGUAAUACCAUCUCCAAACAGCACUACUUCAAUCGCUAUCUAUCAACAUGACAAGCUGUUUCUACUAAUUCAAUCAGGCGGCCUAAUAAUUGUAGCAGGUGGGCCUAAUGAUUUGCAUCCAGAUCAAUACCCUGAAGGUUCCCAACCAAAUUUGUCAC